UGAACAACUUUUUUAAAUUUAAUGGAAUCCUUACAAGACACAAAAGACAUUGACAUGUUGGAAGGCUGGUUAGGUGUACUCUUGUCUUCUACUGCAUGUGUCAUGGGUGCUUCGAUUGUUUUCUUGGACAAGUUCUUCAAGAAAUCAUUCCUUGACAGCAGGCCGUUUAUGGCAGCCUCCCUGUCACUGGCGUCGGGAGUAUUACUCUUCUCUUCACUCUCUAUCCUGUUGCCACAAGCACAAAAACGAUUAAAUAACGAUGCAUUAUUAUAUACCUGUUAUUUUGGUGGUGCCACCUUUACACUUGUACUUACCAAAGUUAUUCAUUACCUGAUGCCCGAUGCUAUCCAUGCAUGUGGCGAUGCCUCCGAGGAAUGUCAUCAUGCCGAAGAAGGCCAUCAUCACCAUCGCCAUGAAGAAGAAGAACGAGCACAAGAGCAACGAAAACUAAACGAUCGCGCCUGUGAUGUUGAAUACGGUACCAUUCGUUCCAGCGAAUCUCAUUUCCGCUUUCAUCACGAUGACCAAAUGCAUGGCUCAUCCACCACAGCGGUUAACAUGGAGGCUGAUAUUGAUAGUGAAUGUCCCAGUGCCGAACACCAUUACCACCAUGAAUCUGUAGAAGAAACCGUCAACAAUGAUCCCAAUCACUUUUACAGCAUUGGACUUCAAACAGCUGUUGCCAUUUGCGUUCACAAGUUCCCUGAGGGAUUGAUCAUGUUUGUAUCAAGUCAAGCUUCCUCAGCUCUGGGGUUAAGUGUGUGUAUUGCCAUGUCCAUUCAUAAUUUGACGGAAGGGUUUAUGAUCGCUUUACCGUUGUACUACGCUACACGAUCAAGAUCAUCCGCAUUUAGCUACGCCGCAUUAAUGGGUGGAUUAUCGCAACCUAUAGGAGCCUUGGUUGGUUUGUUCUUGGUCGAGAAUAUUUCAAAGGCAAAAGAAGACAUGAUGUUUGGUAUUGUCUUUGGCAGUGUAUCCGGUAUGAUGUCUCUCAUCACCAUCCAGAGUAUGUUACCACAAGCUAUUCGAGCAGAUGAUCAUCAGCAAUACGUGCUCGUCUUCUUUUUCUUGGGCAUUUUCUUGGUUGGUCUUUCCUCCAUCUUGGAAGAACUAUAAAUUCCUCUCUAGCUCUCUCUCUCUAUUUUACUUUUACAUACCCAUUUAUUCCUGGCCACCCUUUGCUCUUUUUUAAUAUUAUUAUUAUGAGUAUUAAACAAACAAAACAAAAGAUCCAUAAACUAGUGUACAAAUCAU